AUGUCGCUCCCCAAUGGCCAGUCCGCCUGGCCGCCUCCGGCAUUGAACCAAGCAACCGGUAUUCGCUCCUUGAAUCACCUCGACGAUGGCUCGGGGCGCACCCAGACCCCAGUCGACAACUCCUUGGGGUUGAUGCCUGAGGCACCUAUCGAUGUCGAAGAUGAAAACCGUCGCGCCCUUUUUGCCGAUUUAUAUCGCAAGACCGAAGAAAAGGUUGCGCUGCUAUUUGCCGAUGAUGGUUCAUACAAUCUCGGCGCGAUUGCGGGUCUGAAGCGUAAAGCUCCCCCUACCUCCUCCACCGGCUUGCCCCCCCCGACAAGCGAUCACGAGCCAGUCAAGGAACCGCCUUUGAAGAAGGCCAAGCGCUCAAUUGACGAAGACGACUAUGACGACGACGAAGAAGAAGAGGAGGGGGAAGCAGAAACCGUGCAGCCAACGGCGAAACCGCAGAACGCUGCCGUCGCCGCUUCCGGAUCACUGCUGUCGCCCUCCAAGUCGGGAAGCUCACCAGUCCAGUCGGUCAACUCCCCCGGAAGGCUGGCAGACAGGAUCAAGGGUCAGGACGAUUCGCAGCGAAAAGACAAGGUUGCUGACGGUGGCAUAAAAACAAUCGAGGAGACCAGAAUAAUUACGGAACUGGCGGCGCGCAAAAGCUUUCACACCAUUUUUCACACGCUGGAGAAUGAUCGCACGGCGAUGCUUGAGCAGCAGCGGUUGGAGGAUUCGGAAAAGCAGCUCCAGGCCGAGAUGGAAAACAACAACACGUCGAAUCCGACGGGCGCUCAAGCGGCUGGCCAAGGCACACUCAGCAGCGCCAACCUCGGCGCUUCCAGUCUAACCCUGAAGCAUCUGAUUGCUCGAAUAGACUUGAAGAGAGACCAGGUGCUUGCAUCCGAUGCCGAGCUGCGGCUGCUCAUGAACGAGGUUCGCAAGAACCGAAGCAAAUGGGCCAGCGAGGAGAAUGUCAACCAAGAGGAGCUGUACGAGGCGCUCGAGAAGGUCUUGACAGAGCUCAAGGCGCACACGGAGUAUUCCACACCCUUCCUCACGCGAGUCAACAAAAGAGAUGCGCCCGACUACUACAACCUCAUCAAGAACCCCAUGGACCUGGGCACAAUGACCAAGAAGAUCAAGUCCUUGACGUACAAAUCCAAGGCGGAUUUCGUCGUCGACCUCAACCUGAUCUGGGACAACUGUCUCAAGUACAACCAGGACAUGAACCACCCUCUGCGUCGGAUGGCCAAUGGCAUGAGAAAAGAGGCAGAGAAGCUCAUCCCCUUGAUUCCCGAUCUCGUCAUCCGCUCCCGCGCCGAAGUGGAGGCGGAAGAGCGGCGCAAACAAAACGGCGGAGACGACGACAACGGCGACGACUCCGACGACGAGCCGAUAAUGUCGUCUCGUGGUCGCACGGCAGCCACCAAAGGAGCAAGCAAGUCCAGAACGGCGCCAAGCGACCAGAAGGAGGAGACGCCGGUGGACAAGAAGCCGGUGCUGCAGCUGAACGGCCUGCUGGGAAAGGCGGGAAGAGAAGGUUCCGAGGCCAUGGAUGGCAGCAACGGAUUCGCCACGCCGCCGGUGGGCGGCUCGAUCACCCCGAGCGGCACGGCCAACGGGAAUUCGGGCGUCGCCAGCAACCCGGACGCGAUGGACAUUGACGGACCUAGCCUCAACGGCAUGGCGCUGAACCAAGCGUUCGGGGAAGCCGCCGAGCAAGCGUACGAAGAUGAGGAGUACAAGAUAUGGAAGCAGACGACGAAGAAGGACCGCGCCUUGGUGGCCAAGGAGCGCCAUCUUUUGUUCAGGGACAACAGCCUCAACGCCGACGCCCCGGCGUUGCUUCGGAGCAAAGGCGGCAUGAGAAGGUUUUUGAGAAACCAGAAGGAGGCCGAGGCGCUUGGCAUCGCCAACCACCCCCACCUUGGAAGCUCGAUCAGCACGGCCAAGGAUGCAGGCAACAAGGCGUCGGAGACGCUGGCCGAAGGAAUCGAGGAAGAAGCGGACCGGGUGAUUCCCGACUACUACGAUUCCCUGAGCAACAUUCCUGACAUCCAGACGAACCUGCAAUGGAUCGAGGACGGCGACGGCCAGGUCAUCAACCAGCACGAGCGGUUCCUGCACCUCGUGCCGCCCGGUUCGUUCGUGGCGCCGCCGAGCAAGCUGACGAAAAAGAUGGACCGCAACAUCCACCAGAUCCAGGAGACGCGCAGGCUGGCGACGAAGAUCUCGGUGAUCAAGCAGAUGCAGGUUCAGUCGCAGGUUUAUUCCAACCAGUUUCCCAAGUCCAACACGGACCCCUUUGUGGAGCAGGACAUUGAGCCUCACUUCAUCGCCGACGACGGACCGGUCAUGGCGCCCGAGGCGUGCCAGGACGCGUUGAAGCGGUCCGUGGCCAAGAUCCUGUACACGACCGGAUUCGAGGAGGUGCAGCCGUCGGCACUCGACACGCUGACGGGCAUCACGGCCGACUACUUCCAGACCAUCGUCCGGACCUUCAACAUCUACCGCGAGUGCGAGAAGGCGACGGUGCAGACGGAGGCAGGCCCCAAGGUUCGGUCACGUUUCACGCCCGAGGAGAUUCUCCUGCACACGCUGGAGGAGAACGGGCACGACGUGGCCUCGCUGGACGCCUACGCCAACGACGACAUGGAUCGGCUCACCAGCAAGCUCGGCGUCCUCCACGAGCGCAUGAAGCUGCACCUCACGGACCUGCUGCGGCCCGCCCUUUCGGCCGAGGCCGGGGCCGACGGCGUCGGGGCCUUCAAGGACGGCAGCGACCAGUUCAUGAGCGGCGACUUCGCCGACGACCUCGGCGAGGAUUUCUUCGGCUUCCGCGCCCUCGGCCUCGACAAGGAAAUGGGACUCGAUUCCUUCUCGGUGCCGUUCCACCUCCUGCACAGCCGAGUGCGGAGCCAGUACCAGAUGCAGUCGCAAUCCACGGCAGGCGGUUCGUCGGAUUUGUUCGACGCGCUGGCUCCGUCGGACGCGGUGACCAAGGAGAACAUCCAGGACCAGAUCGGGCUGGUCAAGAACUUCUUCCUCGCCAAGCUGCACGCUAACGGCGACCAACCGCUGGUGGAGGACGAGGAUCUUCCGGUGAAGCAGAGGAAGCCCCGUCCGCGGCUCGGCGCGAGCGGCAAGAUCAUAUCCGCGCAGAAGCGACCGCCGAAGGAGCAGCUGGCCAUGGCGAAGAAGAAGAAGAAGAUGGAGCUCGCGGCGGCGGCGGCCGAGGCCAAGGCCCAGGCGACGCCCGAGAAGGGAGGCGGCUCGGCCAACAACACGCCGGCGAAGAAGAAGGCCGGCGCUCCGGCGAACGUCGGCGCCCCGCCCAACCCGGCCGUGCUCGCGCUCGGUGCUAGCAUGGAGCGGACGGACAGCAUGCAGAGCCAGGCCGGGACGAGCCAAACGGACAAGGACGACACGAUUGGCAUGAUGAGCCCCGAGAGCAUCGCGCAGUAG